GUCAUCGUAGUAUAGAUGACAUGGACACGCGCCCUUUUUAUUGAUAUUUUUAAACCUUAUCUUGGUAGAUGGAGUACAAAUUGAACCACAUUGACAAAAACAGCAAAAUGAGUCAUAUAUCACAGAGUCGGAUGCUAAUUGUUUCAACCUUUCUGAUCUGCUCACUGAUAAUAGCUCUUGGUGUUGUAUUGGGACUUAAGAUAUAUAAAGAUGACAAUCAAAAUAAGAACACUAUUUGUGGUGAGGCGGGAUCUGAAGGUGGUCAAUCUGUGACAACAACACCGACGCCGACGCCACCUGUAAGACCUCCUACAACUACUGGAACACCCCAGUUUGUAUCCGAAUCUAUAGAAGGACACUAUAGAUACGCUGCUGUGGCGUCAGAUGCAGGACCUCCAUGUUCAACAAUCGGAACAGAUAUGAUGGCGAGACGUGGUGGCUCUGUUGUAGAUGCGGCUAUUGCCACCCUUCUUUGCCAAUGUAUUCACAAUUUCCAUAGCUGUGGUAUUGGAGGUGGUUUCUUUAUGACAGUUUACGAAAGGUCUAAAAGAGCGGCAUAUACUAUUUUAGCUCGUGAGAUGGCUCCCGCUGAAGCUAAUGAAACCAUGUACGUUGGUAGAUCAUCUACGGAAGGUGGGUUAGCCGUGGGUAUACCUGGCGAAAUUCGUGGUCUUUGGGAAGCCCAUCAGAUUGGCGGUAAACUUCCAUGGAAAGACUUGCUGCAGCCGACAAUUAAACUAUUGAAAGAAGGAUAUACUGUUGGAAUACCAGUUGCUAUAGCUAUGGCAGCCCAAACUGAAGUUGUAAAAAGACAACAGGGAUUAAAAGAUUUAAUAACUAAUUCACAAACUGGACAGUUUUAUGUAGCUGGGGAAACUAUUAAAAUGCCAAAGUUAGCCAGAACAUUGGAAAUCAUAGCCGAUGAAGGCGUUGACGCUUUUUAUAAUGGGACAUUAACCAAAGACAUUGUGGCGGAUAUUCGCGAUGCUGGUGGAAUAAUAACUGAAGAAGAUCUUGCAGGAUACACAGCACCAACGAAAGAUCCUUUAGUGAUAAAACUGAACAAAAAUGAAACUAUUUACUCAUCAAUACUACCAUCUAGUGGUGUAGUGUACCAGUUUAUAUUGAAUAUAUUAGACGGAUAUAAACUAAGCACAGACAGCGUGUCUACGAAAGAAAAAGAAAUAUUAACAUGGCAUAGAAUUAUUGAAGCAUUCAAGUUUGCCUAUGCUAAAAGAACGAGCCUAGGUGAUGGAGACGCUGAAGAUGAUGCUUUUAGACAGGAGUUGAAUGAACUCGUGAACAAUAUGACAUCAGAGACCUAUGCUGAAGAUAUACGUUCACAGAUCUCCGAUACUCAGACAUUUGGUACAAAUUAUUAUGGUCCGACAUUUUACGACGACGUAACAACAGGGACGGCACAUCUGUCGGUCUUAGCACCAAACGGAGAUGCUGUAUCUGUGACAAGUACUAUCAAUCUUUAUUUUGGGUCUAAAGUAGUUGGAAGUCGUACAGGUAUCAUAUUCAACAAUGAAAUGGAUGAUUUUUCUACACCCAAUACAGUUAAUUCUUUUGGCAUACCUGCGUCUCCGGCAAAUUUUAUAAAGCCAGGAAAACGUCCACUUUCCUCCAUGUGUCCAAGUAUAGUUGUCAAUUCCGAUGGAAUGGUUAAUAUUGUAGUUGGAGCUUCAGGUGGAUCUAAGAUUACAACCUCUACUGCUUUGGUGACAGCUUUAACACAAUGGUUAGGCAUGGGUAUUAAAGAAGCUAUUGAUCACAGAAGAUUACACCAUCAAUUACUUCCAGCACAUAUGGACGUAGAAAAAGGAUUUCCGCAGUACAUUUUGGAUGGAUUGGUUAGUCUGGGACAUAACAUCACAUUGAAAGACAGUGCCGGAUGUGUUGUUCAAGGCAUUCUACAACAACAAGAAGGUGUAGUAACAGCUAACUCUGACUUCAGGAAACAUGGCCACCCUGAUGGAUAUUAAAUACGACUAUAAUAACCCGGGAGGUCAAGAA